GACUCUCAGUGAGCACACUGUUUCUCUGUUACUGCACUACAGUACACACUGACGUACAGCAGACGGCAGCUGCACGCAGGAACUUCAAACUCAAAGUUGACGGAUUUUCUUCGGUUUCAUUUCGUCUUCACGCUGUCUUUUGACAGUAUCUUAAUUGGGAGCGUUUGUCGAUACUGACACUAGGGCUGCUUAGAAGGCGUUGUUAUUCCGUUGGAGUACAUUUGCAGAAUGGCAGAAACUGACGCAAGUCCUUUUGCGAACUGUUUGGAGAAACUCAAGAACUAUGUGCGGACUCGCAAAGGAACGAUCCUGGCCGCUGAAAUACUCAUCAGUUUCAUCAUCAUUAUCUGUUACGCUUCAUCAAUGUAUGGAGGAUAUUCCGCAAUUGCCAUCUGUGAAAUGGUCUUUGCCAUCAUCUUCUUCGUUAUCUUCAUGAUGGAGCUGGACAAACAGUUCCUGGUCGUGAACUGGCCCUGGAGUGAUCUGUUCCGCGCUGGGAUUGGUGCACUCCUGUAUCUCAUUACCUCUCUGAUCUGUGUGAUUGGUGGUUCAGGGGAUGGGGCUCGAAUCGCUGGUGGGGUGUUCGGUCUGCUGGCUGGGAUCUUGUUUGGGUAUGAUGCCUAUACAAUCUUCAUGGGCAUCAAGAGCAACAGACAGCAUACAGCUGCUCCUACAGGUCACUGAAGGCUCUGCAUGGAAUGUUUACAACUGUCAUUUGGCAUUUGAGCCAAACAGUUAUUCUGGGGUAGACUCCAGUGGCAGCACUGGCAUCUCAGCAAGAGCUAUGCUAUUUUAACAGAGAAAGCAUUUAAUAGUUGUUUCUGUGCACUGCCGAUGUCCUGUGACUACUGUAUAACAGCUUAACCUAACUAACUAUUCCCUAAUAAUUUAUUUUGCAUCUCCCUUUGAGUUUUUUCUCUUUAUUGUUUUAACAGAUGACACAGUUUGAAAACUACUUCCCUCACUACAACAUUAACAGCAACCAAAACAUGGAGAAACAUUUAAAAAAUGGCUAAAUGGGAGAAUUCCAGAGUGAUUGCGAAGUUACCAUGCAACUCAACAAUGACAGCUGAAGACCCGUGGAGUGCAAAAGGAUGAAAAUAUUACAUGAAAAAGACUAAAGUUUAUGUAAAAAAGGGAUUGAGUGAUCAAGAAGUACUGUAAGAUGAAUGAAAAGCAUGUAGAGAAGCCACCAUGACAUAUAUGAAGGAACAGAAAGUUGUUGGCAUCCAAAGAUUUAUUACAACUGUCUUGGUCAGAGGGCUUUAGUCACCACACAUUUUUGUCACCUUUUUGGUUACAAAAAACUACAACAACAUAUUGUAAGAUGUAGUGCUAACUGAUUCCUAUUCAGGAGAACUUUCAACCAUAGUUUGUAACUGUAACUAAUUUAUAAUGACUAUUGGUUAUGUUGUGUUUGUGCCUAAAAUAUAGAUUUGUUUUGAAAAACAGUUUUUAAGGAGGAUUGGGUUCAGUUCCAGUUCAAUUUAGCCAUUUAUAAAUACAGUAUAUUUCAACUCAGGUUCUGACCAGAAUAUAACUUGAAAAUUAGAUUUUCAGAUUGUUUAAAUUGAAAUAGAACUGAUCUCAACCCUAAAAGCAAGUUCACAUGUCUAUCUGUUGGUACAAUAUGUUCAUUUUCAUCUUCCUUCCGUUUUGCCAUAUAACCUGUUACCUCAAAGGUUGCUCACUAUCUUGAUGUCAUAAGUGUUCUUUUUUAUUAUAAUAAUAAACUGAGUCAUAUAUUGGA